CGAUCAUUUUACAGUCAAUAACAAUACGUAGUACGGGAUUUGUCGGGGCUAAUGUUAAAUCGCCAUUAAAAAGUCGAAAAACGAGAACAAUUAUACAUAUUUAAAGAUAAAACAAACAAAAUUUACACAGACAUUAGUGUUAACGCACUUGCAAAAAGAAAGAACGCAGAAAAAGGGAGAACAAUAAGAGAAAAUUUCGUCAAUUGAACGCUGGCGUUUUGUUUAUCAAAAAAAUCAAUGUUUUUGAGUACUAAAUAGCUAGUUUUCUGAUUGUGAGAUGAUUCAGUGAGUGAAUGCAUACGUAAAAUAUUAGCCAUUCGGAGAAUUACUCAGUGAUAAUUUGGAUAUCAAGAGCGAACUAUGGUCGCGACAAAUGCGAUACGGACCGUGAUACAGUUUACACUUUUAGCAAUUGGUGUAUAUUGCCACGAUUACAAUUUAAUUUUGAAGUCGUCAGCCCCAGCUAUAGAAGGUGUUGACGUCACAUUCAGUGCAGAUUUAUUUAAUAGUGAUGGAUCAGUACCGAAUAAUGAAAGACUCAAAUGGGAAUGGCAAGUAGAUGGCUAUGACAAGCAAAUAUUUGAGACAGAAACGCCACAUUCCGAAUGGAAGUAUGUGUUUCCAAAAAAGAAUGGCGGUGCCAAAAAUUAUACAGUCCGUGCAAUUGCUAAACGUCCAAUUGUGUUUUAUGAUUUUGAAUUGGCGGAAAAUGACAUCAAUGUAGAAAUAACCAACGUAUUGAAUGGUCAAUUGGUGCUAGCGCAAAAUGGUACUGAACGGCAAACCGAUUACAUAUCAAGUGCAACGCAAUUAAAUCAAUUAAUCCGAAUCCGUGAUGGUGAUUUUAUGAGUAUAGCAAAUGCGACGUAUUUUACAGUUUAUUGGUUCGUGGAUUGUGAGUAUGUCGGACAAACGGAUCAAUGGAAUUCAACAAAUAUUUUCAAAAAAGAAAAUUCAACACAUAAUCUUGAAGCUUUGUUGGUCGCAUCAUUUGAACCUCGACCACAGCCUCAGCCAACGACAACCACAACAACUACCACUACAACUACGACAACAACAACCAGUACUACGUCAACGACCACACCGUCCACAACAACAACAACGUCAACAACAACCACAACACCAAAAACAAAUAGAAGGCGUCGCAAUAUACAAAGUGAGCAAUAUGCCAAUGAAACAGCUAGCAUGUUAAUACAGAAUGGUGAAAUUGAUCCGAAAGAUUUGGCGAAUGCAACAGAAGACCCAAUGUCCACCACUUUUUCACCAAUAACCCGUUUGCCGUACAUGAUUGAUCAACCUUAUGUUUGUUUUAAUAAAUCGAAUGUUGCACCCGAUCCUAAGAAAAUUUACGGUUAUUUCACACGAAAUGUUGCUGUUCGCAAUCCGUUAACAGUGCCCACUGCAACGGGUAAUUUAUGGAUUAAGCGUGAAGAUGGAUUGAAUUUAAACAUAUCAUGGAGUGGUUCGCCACCGUAUCAAUAUUGUUAUGAAUUGAGAUGUGGUCCAUACAAUAUAUCCGCAAAUGAUACGUGUGGCAAUGAUGAAGGUAGCUGGAUAACAAGCAAUACACCUUGGUUUCAAAUUCGACGUUUCUUUUUUAUAGACGAAACAUCAUUUACGAUUUUAUUACAAGUAAAAAAUCAGAUAACAAAUCAUACAAAAGUUAUAACAAUCAACACAUAUGAAGUGCAAAAGCAAUCCCAACUGUCAGUUAUUGUUGUUCCAGUUAUUUUCAUUCUCAUUGCUAUCGUUGCAAUUAUAUUCGGUGUAGCAAAUUAUGUAGCACGCAGAAAUCGGUAUUCGGUCGAGGUAGCUGAUUUUAAUUUUGGUGAAACAUCAUCAGUCGAUUUGGAAUACAAAUCGUUUAUACGUCGUUUAUAUGAUAGUAUACGAGAGGUAUUGCCACAACGUCACUUCAACGAUGGCCAAAAUGAAGAUGACUCUUCGCUUCGAUACGGUGUCAUGACAUAACUACCCUUUAUUACGGCGCCAAAUUGAUUUCGAAUAUCUCAUAAUUAGAUUUGUUAUCAAUUUCAUGUACUAUAUGAAGUUGUUCACUAUAGAUUUAUAUAUAAUACAAUAUAUAGUAUACUAAUGCAAUAUAUUAACGAAAAGUAUGAGAACAGAGAACAAAAGCGAUUUAAGU